GUAAAAACAAAAAAUAUGAAACACAAAAAUGUUAAAUGAAUUCUGAGCGCACAAAAUCGAAAGCUGCUGCGGGGUAAUAAAAAUGAGCCGGCUAUCAGUGAAUACAGUGAAAUCGGUCAAGUCAACUCUUAACAAAUUGGACAGUCAUUCGGCCUAUGUACAAAUUGCAGUCGGCGGUGGCACUGGCUUUCUCGUUGGCUACGUGUUCUUCAAGGUCAGCAAGGUGCUGGCCAUAUGCAUCGGCAGUGCGAUCCUGACCCUCGAGGUGGCCGUCGAGACGGGUCUGAUCCAGAUCGACUGGACCAAGGUGACGAAUCAGCAGAAUGAACGAACUCCACCAAUUGUUCGCCAAAUGGCAGUCUCGCCCUUCACGCCCAUGGACUAUGCCAUUGAUGUGGACAAGGCCAAGCAGAUUAUCCUGUCCAGUGCACGGCUCUCGAUUGCCAUCUUGGGCGGUUUCCUGCUAGGCUUUGGAUUCUCUUGAAUGCAAUGAAUCGGCUUAUUUAAGCAGGCCAGAGCAUAGCCACGAUAUAUGCAAUACCAAUGCACAUCACAAAUAUAAGUAACUAUAUUUCUCACUCUCA